CAUUGAAAAGUGUUUGAGGACUGUUUCUUCGGAUGUGAGGCAACUUUUAGUAGACGAAUUGACGGACCCCCAAGUAUUGCCUAAACUACUGACUGACAGCUAUGCCAACUACGUUAUUCAAACAGCCAUUGUGACCUCUUCGGUGGAAAGUCAGUUUGAACAAUUGCGCGACUCUAUUAUGCCUCUUCAAAACUUAUUAAAGAAUUCACCUUAUGGGGUAAAGGUUGAGGCAAAGUUGGCGCGUCGACAACGGGCUUCUCUUCGAAAACAGGAACAUCAGAAGGAGCAGAGUCGACGGGGGACAGCCCCUUCACAUUUUUCUGAAAAAAAUGGAGCCGAGAAUGUGUUGACCCCACAACUCUUGCCUGGCAUGCAUAGGAUACCAGCAUUGGUUGGAUCAGAGCCUCUUCAACAGAACACAGUUGCCUUUUCGGGGAUAACUGAGGAAAUGACUUCUGUGAUGACUCAACCACACUACAUGCCUUUGAUGCUUCAAGGACAACAGGCUCUUAUUGGUUUGCAACAAGGACAUUCUCACCAACCCUUUCAAGUCAACAUAAUGAAGGACACUGCCAUGUGGGGGCCUCAGCAUAGCUUUACUCUAUUUCAGCAACCCAAGCAGAGAAAAACGGAUAGGUGA